AUGAUUAACACUACUAUAGAAUGUUUACCAAACAUAGCUUAAUACUCCACUAUUUCAGAAUAAUAAGGUCUUGGAUUAUUCUAUAUAAGGAACUCGAUUAAUUUUGGAUUAUAUUCUAAAGGUUCUAUCUUUUAAAAUUGCAGAUCACCUGAUGUAGGAUCUGUAUUCAAUCUUUACAAAACCAAAUUUAUUGAUGAGUAUUCAAUAUUUUAGAACAAUAUUGCAUCAAAAGGAGGCGCAAUUACGUGCAAUGAAUGCAAUUUAGAUUUUACAGGAUCAGAAUUUUACAACAAUCAAGCAAAUUAAGGUGGUGUAAUUUACUCUGAAUAUAAUGUCUAAAUAAAGCUCGAUCAAAUUACAGUUUUAUAUAGUAACUCAACAAGUGAUGGUGGUUUUAUUUAUCUAAGAUUGGUUGAUUCAAGUUAAAAUACAUCAAAGACCGUAGUUUAAAUAUCUAAUUCAAAGUAAAUAUCUGGAAACUAAGCAUAAACUGGAGGAUUUAUUUUCUCAUCAAACCCCUUUGCAGAACUCUACUUAUCAAAUAUUGAAAUUCAAGAUGCUAUUUCUAUUACUAGAGGGGGCUUCAUGAAUAUUAUAAAAGCAUCUAAAGUGCAAAUCUAAAACUCUAAAUUCUAUAAUUUUCGUUCCCCAGAGGGUGCAUUUUUAUAUAGUGCAUAAAGUUCUAUUACUUUCAACAUCUCAAAUUCAAUUUUCUAAUGUAGAACAUUCAACCCAAUAAAAAACAAAACAUUUCAAAUAAUAGAUCAAACAUUUAAUCCAUUAACUGAUUCUCAAAUUUCAAUAACGAAUGCAGAUUAUGUGAUAUCUACAAAUAACACAUUCUAGUAUUGUGGAACUACAUCGAAAGGAGGAAUAUUUAAACUGUAAAAAACAAAGUUCUAUGACAAGAAUUCUUAGUUUUAAUAUAAUUCAGCUUUUAUUGGAGGAGUUAUUCAAUGUUAAGAGUCUGUGGUUGAAAUUACUAACUCUAAAUUUUAAGGAAAUGAAGCUAAAAUAGGAGGAGUUUUUCAUAUUGUGCAGAAUUCCAAAAUGACAAUUCUAAAAUCUUAAUUCACUUCAAAUUUUGCUUUAGCAACUUCUGGAGUGAUCUAUCUUGAAAGUGAGUCCACUCUAUCCAUUUAUAAUUCAUACUUCACUUAAAACUAUGCACCUGAUAACUCAGUCAUUGAAUUAUCAACAAUAACUACGAGUGAUAAUCCUAUUAUUAUUAAAGAAUCAAGCUUUGAAAAUAAUUGGUCAAUCAGAACAUUAAUUUCAAUCAUGUAUGCUAACGUUAUUAUUGAGAAUUCAAAUUUUAUGAAUAAUGUAGCUUAUUAGAGAACUAAAGGACUUUUGUGCGGUUCUGCCAAUAUUACAAUAAAAGGAAGUUAAUUUUAAAAUGAUUAUUCUCCUAGCUGGUUGGGAAAACUCCAAAAGGAGGAGACAACAGGUUCAUUUAUUUUCCUAAUUUCACAAUCUAUCAUGCAAAUUCAUGAUAGUAAUUUUAUAAAUGGAUAAGCUAAUCUUGGUGGAGCAAUUUUCUUGUCUGGCAAUAGUUAAUUAGAAAUUUAUGGAACUAGUUUUUUAAAUAAUAAAGCUAGAUCUAAAGGGGGAGCUAUUUAUGCUUCUGGUUUUAGAAAUAUCUUGAUAAGUGGAAUUAGUGAUUUCAAAGAUAAUUUUGCUGUUGAUUAAGGAGAUGAUAUUUAUUUGACGAAUUCCAUACAUUAAAUAACUCUAAACUAAACUUACAUAAGCAACAAAAAUGCUAAGAAUUCUAUAUAUAUUGAAUAAGCUAAGUUAUAAUCUAAUCAACUAAUUAUUAAAGACAUCUAUACAAACAAAGAUUCUAAGAAUGGAGGGGCAAUAAACUGCCAAUAUUGCUCUGGACUAGAUUUGAUAAAUUCUAGUUUUACUAAUAUAAAGUCUGCCUAGGGUGGUGCAAUUUACAUUAUAGAUUCUGAUUUUAGUAAAAGUUUUAAUGAUUAAAAGUAUAAGAUAACUAAUACAAUAUUCAAAAACUGUACAGCUGAAACAGGAGGAGCAAUAUAUGCUACAAACCCAGAAUCACUUAUUAUUUCAGACUGCUAAUUUCUGGCAAAUAAAGCAUUGUUUAUUUAAGAGCUAUCCAAUCAAUUCUAGAAUUACGGGUCAGGUGGAGCAGUAUACUAUACGUGCAAUCAAUACUACCUUAAUUGCCUCCUUAAACUUGAAGGGGUGAAUUUGUUUAAAUAAAAUAAGGCAUCAAUUUAAGGAGGAGCUAUAUAUUGGGAUAUACUCGAACCUCAAUACAGUUAAAAUGACAUAAAAUUCAUUGAAAAUUCUGCAAUUUAUUAUGGAGAUGAUAUUGCUUGUUUUGCAUAAAAUAUAAAGUCAAUAUCAAAAUAGUCUUACAUCAACUAAAUGAUUAGAGUUGGUAACCAAAUUUCUGAAGACAAUAUUUUAAGAAGAACUCUUGAAAAUCAGCUGAAAGAUUCUACAUAAAAUAAUCACUAAGCAAAUUUUAAUAACCAGAGAAGUGGAGGGCCUCUGCCUGUUAUGUAUUUGAGUUUAGUAGACAAAUACGGCUAAAUAGUAGGAUCUGAUUUCAAAAGCACUGUGAGAAUUUAGGUAAAUACAACAAAUCUAGAUACUUAAGCAUCAAAAUAUCCUCCACUUAUCGAAGGUAGUAGUGCUUUUACUGUUAAUAGUGGAAUCGCAGUAUUGCAAUGGAAUAAAAGAACAGCCAAGAUCUGA